AAAAAUAACAGGCCUAUGUGUGUCUGCCUUUACGUCAAAUAUCUUUCACUUUUGAAAGGAAAACAUUUCAAAAUUUUAGGAACCUAUUUUUAGCGUAUAUUAUUCCCACGUUUUAGAUUAAGUUACUUUCUAUAUUUUUAGUUUAGUUUUACUCUUGAAGUGAACUCACUUCGAACAGUAUGGGUCGCAAAUCUCAAUCAAAACAAAAUCCCAAGAAGAAUGCGGGGAAGGAAAACAACAAGUUCAUUCAACAAAAACGUAAAGAAUUAGCAGUUCUCGUGGAUAAGGUGUUAAGAUUGACGAGAGUAUUCCAAGCUUCUACUAAUGUGAUCAAAAGUUGGGAACAUCAUUUGGAAAUUGAUGCUCUCAUUAAAGAAAUAUUGAAUCUAGAGGGUCCUCAGCCUAAAAGUGGCCAGGGCAGGCAUUCAAACAUUGAAAAGUUUAACAAGUGGCUAAGUGAGAAUGAGGUGCAUCUUGAUGGCAUUGAAAUAGCAGAAUUUGAAGGAUAUGAGUUUGGUUUGAAAGCAACUAAAGAAUUCAAAGAAGGUUCACUUCUUCUGACGGUGCCCACCAAAUUAAUGAUGACAGAGAAGAAUGCAAAAGAGUCUGAACUAGGAAGCUUCAUAGAAAUAGAUCCAUUACUGCAAAAUAUGCCAAAUAUAACACUUGCACUGUUCCUGCUAUUGGAGAAAAAUGAUCCUAAAUCAUUUUGGAAGCCGUAUAUCGACAUAUUACCUGACAAAUAUCCUACUAUUCUCUAUUUCACUUUGGAAGAGCUGGCAGAGCUUAAGCCUUCACCAGUGUUUGAUUCGGCCCUGAAGCUCUACAGAAGCAUUGCAAGGCAGUAUGCAUACUUCUACAACACCAUCCACUUAAUGGACUUACCAGUAUUAAAAAAACUCCAAGAAAUAUUUACUUUCGAUAGCUACAGAUGGGCAGUCUCCACAGUGAUGACCAGACAAAACAAUAUCCAGCUUGCUGAUGCUGACGUCACGGCUUUCAUUCCGCUUUGGGAUAUGUGCAACCAUGAACAUGGCAAGAUUACAACGGACUACAACAAGGAAUUGGGUCGUGGAGAGUGCUUCGCCCUACGAGACUUUAAGCCUGGCGAACAAAUCUUCAUAUUUUACGGGUCCAGGCCGAACGCUGACCUGUUCUUACAUAAUGGAUUGGUAUAUCCAGACAACGAACACGAUAGCUUGUCUAUAUCGCUGGGCGUGAGUUCAAGUGACCCGCUCCGCGAGACGAAGCUGUCCCUACUGACCAAAUUGGGUCUUGCGGGCGUCACACACUUCAACUUGUACCGGGGACCCAAUCCCAUCAGUGCUGAACUCUUAGCUUUCAUACGGAUAUUUAAUAUGAAUCAAGAGGAACUAACCAAAUGGUCAGGUCAAGGAUUGCCAGGGGAUUUAGUUUCGUCUGACCCAUCUAGUGCUGAAGCAGUUGGCGCCGACAUCGACCGACGCGCUUACACGUACCUGCUGACACGGUGCAAGCUCAUCGUGGCCUCUUACAAGGAAACUGGAGGUGGCGAUGAUAUUUCACUGCAUAGGAAGAACGUGAAGCUGCUAAAGAAAUGCGAAGUACAAAUGUUAGAGGGUGCCAUGAAGUAUCUGGAAGAGACUAUAAGUAAAGUACCCACCGCUGCUGAGGAGAAAUCAAAAUAAUUAUAAUUAUCUAUCUGAUGAAAAUAAACCUUCUAUCAAAUAUACAUCCUAUAAAGUAUAGAACAAAUGGUUAUUCUAUUACUUGACCAAGAUCAAUGUAAAAUGUAAACAAAAUCAUGAAGGUGGAAUUACGUGUUGAUAGUCCCGUCGCAAACGGACACUCCCGCCUUCUCACUCUAUUCAGUGACAAGCCUACGUGAUAGCAAAUUAUAUAGGGAAGCACAGAAAAUGAUUUUCUACUGAUUUAGUACGACCAGAUGAAAACCUUUAUAGUUUGUUUACAAACAUUUCACAUCUAUGAUGGCAAAUGUAUAAACAUUUGUUCCAACUAUCUUGUU